CUUAAAGCACAGUUAGAAAAUCUGAUUAAAUCGAAGGAAUUGGAAUGCUGCUCUCUUAAGGAAAAGAAUGAAGAGUUGUUUAAGCUAAAUAAUGCUUUGGUAGAGCAGCAUAAAAUGGAAACACAAGCCAUGGAAUCUCAAUACCGUACUAUUGAAGAAAAGAGUGAGGAAUUGCUUAAAUUAAAAGAUUGUUUGAUUGAGCAACAUGACAUUAAAGUGCAAUCCAUGGAAAAAGAGUAUUCUUUGUUAAACUCUAAUUUGAAAGAACUGCAAGAUAGUUUAGUUUGCAUGAAGGAGCAGUAUGAAAGUGACAUAGAGUCUUUGAAGUCCACUUGCUCUUCUCUGGAAAAUGAAAAGCUAGAAAUAGCAACAGCUGUUGAGGUACUGAAAUAUGAGUUCAAGGAAGAAGUCCCAUCAUUUUCAGAGCAAAAUUCUACAAUUCCGGACAUAUUAGAAGAUAUGCUAAAAUUGAAACCCAUCAUUGCUAAACAAUUUGAAAACAAAAUGCUAUGUCUGCAAGAAGAAUGCUCUACAUUGAAGAUUAAAGUUCAGCAACUGCAGAAAGAGUCGGAAAAUUUGAGAGAACAAUAUGAAAGGGAAACCGAGUCUUUAAAAGCUACUUGUUCUUCACUGACAAGUGAUAAACAGUCACUAAUAGAAUCAAAUCAACUUGAAAUAAAUGAACUAAGAAAUACAUUGCUAGCAUUGCAAUCUGAUAGUGAAGCUCUGGGCAGAGAUUACGAAGCCCUUGUUAGGCGCACUGAACUUUUAACUCAAAGUGCUGAAGAUCUGAAAGCACUGCAUAGCAAGGAAACCCAGUCUUUGCAAGAAGAAGUUGAUAACCUUCUUAAGACGAAAGUAGACAUGGAGGAAAAGCUUAAAAUUUCUGCUGAUGAUUUAACAUCUAGCUGCAGGGCCAAGGAUGAACUUGCCCAUGCUCUGAGUGAAGUCAAAGUGCAAAUGGCAUCUCAAGAAGCAACCAUUGAAAACCUUCAGAAUGAAAUCCAAAAUCUGAAGGAUGAGAACAUGAAAUUAGAAGAAAAAGUUUCCAGAACUGCUGAAGAUGUUGAACAAGGGGAAAUACUUGAAAAAAUGUUAUAUACUCUCCAAUUGUGUGAAGUGAAGGCAACAGAGAAAAUUAAACAAUUGCACUCUGAAUCCAUCAAUCAGUUGGAACAGAUCAUGAAUUUGAAAAAAGAAGCUGAAGACAAGCGAAAUGUAGCAGAAGAUGCUAAAAAAACUUUAGCUAAGUUGCAGCAGGAAAUGAAGUUGCAGCAAUCUUCAUCUAAGAGAAAGCUUGAUUGUAUGGAACAGCGACAUGCUACUGAAGUUGAAAAAAUCAGGAAUGAGAAGCAGUUGCUUGAAGAAGAAAAUAGAACUUUGAGAACCAUUUCUAGUCAGAAAGAAACAGAAAAGGAACCAGAAAAAGAGAAAGAAGCAGAAGAAGAAAAGAAACCAGAAACACGAAGAACUCAAAGAAGAUUAAGAACCAAUGAUACCAACAGUAAAGAAAAGAAAAAUUCCGUGGAAAGUUCUAAUGCUGAAAAAGAAAAGCCCCAGAAAAAGAUUGCAAAGAAAGAUAACAUAAAUGAAGAGAUUCCGGAAAAAGUGGUAUCAGAAAACUUUGAAGAAGUAAAAAAGAAAGAAAUUAAGGGAAAAACAGUAAAGUUUGAUAUUAAAAAUGAUGAAAUGGAGGAGGAAAACUCCCAAAGUACUAAAUCUUCCAAUGAUUCAAAGCCAGUUAAAGAAAGUGUAUCAAAAGUUCAGGUUGAUGAAAAUUUGAAUGCUAGAAAGGCAGUACUACGAAGAAGACUGAAUAAUAAGGAUGAUAAUGACAUGAAAAAAUCUUCGGAAAGUACGAAAUCUUUGAUUGAUUUAAAAGUAUCCAAAGAAAGUUCUAAAGUUAAGAAUGAUGAGAAUUCUAACUCUAGAAAAACUGUGCCACAAAAAAGAAAAGCAAUGAAUAAUGAAAAUAAAGCAUCCCCUGCAGAUAGCAAACUACCAGCAAAGAAAAUUCAGAAACUUGACAAUGUUAUGAGUUCUCCAUUACAACCUCUGACUAAUGUUGCAAGGACCAAGCUUCUUCAAAAAAUAACUAAAGUGAUGACUCCUGUUCAUGCCCCAAGCCCGAGAAUGACUCGUGGAAGAAGGAAGCUAAAUGCAACCAAAAAAGACACCCCUGUUGCGAAGACAGAACUUUUUUCAACUGAAUCUCGUACUAGAAGACCCAUUCGAUGAGGAGGACUGAUUUGAGCAUAAUUAUUUAUUUUUGUUACAUCCAGUUGGUUAGGAUGUCAUCAGUGGUGUCAUAUGUUAUUUCUGUAAUAUAGUACAAAUUUUUUACAUGAUGCGUACAAAUGUAGAUUAGUGACUUUAUUGAAACUGAAUAUUCAUUGUGAAAUUGUUUAAUUUGUAUUUUAUCUUGCAUUUGAUUCAUUAAUUAUUAUUUUACUAUUCAACAUUUUAAUUUUAUUGACUGGCAUUGCAUCAAUUUUGUAUAUCCUAAAUAAAUA